CCAUCUACCGAGGUUCACGAAGGCUGGAGUUUGAGCGCGGCAUCGCAGUUCUGGAUUCGUCGAUUUGAAAAUAAAUACGCGCGCCGACGGCAGAGUAGCAGAGUUUUCGUUACGAUAAGUAUCCGUUCACAGUGGCAUUAAUAUUAUACUAGUGUCGAGAUAGAAAUUUUGUUACGAUUAAAUAAACGCUCGAUUAUGAGACUAUACAACGAACAAUUGUUGUAUUUAGCCAUCUAUCCAAGCAAUAAGUAUGUAAGUGUGUGUUAUGAAUUCUUUCUGAGCUGUGCAAGUUAGGAGCAAUAGGAGAUAACCUGUGGUACCAUCUAUACAAGCUAUUUUUCACCGCUGUGUAACCAUGGCAAAGGAGAACUACCGCAACAGGCAUCAGUGCUAGUACUGCCAGUGAUGAGUUUUGUCGGGUAGAUCUUCAAUUCAAAGCCUACAACUACAACGAUUUUUACCUCACAGGCUUCGGUCAUAUACGCCGCCUCCCUGUACUGCCUACCUUUUUUUCAUGUUGCUGUAUUUUGGGAGUUAUAAGCAACCUCCAACCUGCUCUUCCAUUCUUGAAAUAUUAUUAUCGCUCUGCAACUGUAACUUUACCGUCCGCUAUAUACACAUUAAUCUGUGUUGACCACUGGACCUACUUUUAAUACUUCUACAUUUUUUAUUUUAGCCGGUUGUAGAAUUUUGUAUCUUAUGCAUAAUAGGGAUUUAUAUCCCUUCACGUGCAACUGCGGCAACUAAUUUCACUCCGCGGGUCGUAACGUUUUUUUUUUUUACUUUUACUUUCUUCGUUUUAAUCCAUUUAUGCUACACCGUGGUCUUGACCGAUUACGUUGGCUUCAGAACUAUGGACAAAAAACGGAAAAAAAAUCGGGUAAACUUUUUUGUUUUUCUGGAGUGUUUGGAUGAACCCAAUAUACUUAUAAUCUUAGGUCCAUUUAGUGACGCGAUUUGCAAUGACCAGUGUACAGUCCGACUAAAGCUCUAAGGCCGUUCCUGUUCAGCCGCAGCAGUGAGUCUGCUACCAGACUGUGGUGGUUUUAUAUGUCCACCAACAUGUUCGUUUCCUCCACAGUGAUAUUGUCCAUUAUACCAUUCGAUAGUAAUCAAUAUGUAAGUUUCUCUCUGCAGUGCGCUUACUUUAGCCUAGGCAGUACGUUGCCCCACCAAGCCACAGAUCUAUAGGUUAUCAUAGGUCUAAUGACCGCGGUAUAAUGCCAAAACAUUUGCUAAGGCUUCAUUCCCCAAUUCUUUCCACAGACCCUUCGACAGCUCUGCAACGAGAACCUUGCUUUCUUAAGGACUCUGAUUCCCGUUUAGCGCUUCAUCUAAGAUUACUCCCUAUUUUUUUGUUGUUUCUGGUCUGGUUCUCCGCCGUAACUCGGCCGAUUUUCAAAAACUACAAAGCUUUUUCGUCCUUGAUCUUGUACUAACCCUGUGUAAAAGUUUCAUCCAAAUCCGAGAAGUACUUUCCAAGUUAUAGAUGGGCCAAUGUUUAGCGGACAGACAGACUGACGGAAAUUAAUGGCAUGGUUUUUCGUAAUGUAAAUAACAUAAAACAUAAAAAAGUAUGAAUUAUUCGCCAGUAGGCGUGAAAAGUAAAACGUUAAAUUUAAAAUUUAAUUCUGCCACUAAAAAAUAGCGAUCGUAUUUUGAAAUUGAUAGGGAAAAACUGGAGCGUCAUCGACAAAAAUCAUUUAUCUAUCGCCAGAAUAUGCCGUUUUUUAAAACGUGUUAAAUAUUAUUUGUUACGUAAUGCAUCACUUCAGUCCAGUCUAACUGACUGUGUCGAUUUUUCCGUUGAUGAAUUACAAACGUCCGGUAUAAGUCCUGCGGUAUAAAACAAAUUUUCCACUGCUUUCAGAAUAAAAAAGUCAAAGGUGUCUCUGAAUUAAUGGAGAUAUUCCUCAGUACCAAACUGCAACACCAGGAUAUUGCAGAUGAAAAUAAGAAGCAUCCCUUGAUUGUGCUAGAAGGUUUAGAUGGUUCAGGCAAGACUACUGUCGGUAAACGAUUUUCUAAGAAAAUCAACGCACAGACCUGGAAGACUCCUCCAGAAUCCAUCGGACACAUCAGGCAUUUGUUUGAUAACCACCCAGUUUUGCGCACAGCCUACUAUUCGUUAGGGAACUACAUAGCUGCUUAUGAGGUCCAGUCUCUGUUGAAAUAUUCUCCAGUUCUAAUGGACAGAUACUGGCAUUCCACGGCAGCUUAUGCGAUCGCCCAAUACGUUCAAGAUCAUCCUGAAUAUCCCAUGCCUGCAGAGGGUGAUCCUAUUUACAAAUGGCCUGAAGAUUUAUUCAAACCUGAUAUAGUGAUAUUCCUAAAUGUUAGCGAAGAAGUUCGUAAACAACGGCAGUCAAGAAGAACGAAUAUAACUGUACAAGAAGAUAUGCUGAACUCUGACUUGAAAUUCAGACAAAACGUCAUUCAGGCCUUUAGAAACAUGUAUAACCCUGGAGUGCAUUUCAUAAAUGCGGACCUGGACUUUGAACCCAAAUUCCGUUUGAUAGAAGCUGCCACAAAAGACCUUUUAAAGCUUUGAUCUUUGUUUACUCAUUGCCAUUAUUUUAUUUUAUGAAUAUUAUUAAGCAGUAAAGGAUCAAUGCAUUUAGUAAAUAUGCUGUAUUUUUUCAGCGUGAUCCAAGCUUAUAAGAACAUGUCAAGCCCUGGAGUCCAUGUUAUAAAUGGAGAUCUUGGAUUUGGACCAGUUUUUGGCCAAAUUCAAACUGCAACUAGAGAUAUUUUGCAUACAUGACUUUUGUUAUUCAUUUGAAUUUUUGAAACAUUAUCACUCCUAUCAUACUGUAUAGCUGUUAUUGUUUAUGAAUACUCAUGGGCGCCAGCAGGAAUUUUUCUCAGGGGGGAGGCAAAUCCUCAAAAUGUUGCACAAAAUCAUGGUAAUUAUGGACAUUUUAAGGUCUUACUGAAUUCCCCCUUGGUUUCCCCUUGCGGGCGCCCAUUCAUUCAAUAUUCGCAUUCAACAAUAUUUUUAUGCUUGUGGUUAUGUGGAUGCACUAUUUAAACGUUUAUGAUCUGUUGUAUUAUCUUGUAGUAAAAUGUUGAACGUAUUUUUGAUUGUCGCUCACUUCCUUAGGUGUUCGUAGUUAAGGAGAAAGGUUACGAAAUUGUUCCACCAAUAAAAUCGUAGUCCUAUUAUUUUGGAAAGACUAAAUACAACUGUUGCAAGCUUCCCAGUGAAGCCAUUCUUUUCCAUUUUCGGAGUUUGUACUUGAUUAUAAUGUUCUACACCAUCUGUGUUCAUAUACAAUAUUCAGCUUUUCACACAACCAAAUACAUUAUACGGGGUAUCUGAAAAGUUCCCGAACUCCACGAUAAUUUGUGAGCUAAUAAUAGUAGGAAAAACGAAGCCAACCGAUUGAUAACCGUUUUCCCCAGCUAUAGAAUGGUGACCUUGAAUUUGUGAAUUUGACCUUGAUCGUGUCCGUCGACCCCGUAAAUGUCAAAACUUCAAGGCCAGUAGUUCACAGACCUUAUUUUUUGAUUUUCUCAGGAUAUCCAAUGGUGACUUUGGAUCUGACCUUCUUAACGACUUUCAAGGUCAUUUGAAGGUCAACUCUUUUUUAAUGACACCCUAUACUUUUGACCGCGAAAAUCGGUGCGAAAAUGGAGAAAAGAGAAAAUUGUAUGUUCGAAUAUGUCCUUGACCACUUUUAGAACUUGACCUUGAACUUGACCAUCAAGGUCAAACAUAUUUAACUGGCUAACUUUAGGUUAAGGUCAGAUAAAAGGUCAUCAUUGGAUAUCAGGGAAAAAAUGAUGAAAAUAAUGUCUUGGUAGUUUCUCAAUUCGAGACUGGUUUUCAAGACAUAUGGCAGUACCUGGGUUUGACCAUGACCUCUUAAGGUCCAAACUUAAGAAUGGUCAAGACCAUAUUUGGACAUAAAAUUUUCAGCUCUUUUUUUACGGAUCGAAAAUGGGAUGUGUCAUUUAAAAUAAAUAAUAGUUUAGAAAAACUAAAAAAACACGCUUUUAUAGCUAACCAAAGUAAAAAGUAGUAAAUAAUUUUUAAUUACAUAGAGUUUAUAUUAUGGUCGAACAAUCAAUCAUAAUUAAUGUCCUCAAAUGUAGUAAAAUGCACCCCACGCUUUUUACUGAAUUGAAUUAUUCUGUUAACUUAUAUUUUAUUAUAAUUUUAUCCUGAGGUCAUUAAUUAUGAUUGAUUGUUCGACUAUCUACUACUGUAAUAUAAAUUCUUUCUAAUUAAAAAUUAUUUUCUACUUUUUAGUUCGGUUAGCUAUAAAAGCGUGUUUUGUAAGUUCUUUAAACUAUUAUUUAUUUUUCAUUUUUUAGUUCGAUUUAUCCAUUCGUUUUUGGUGGACAUGUGGUAUUUGAAAUGUCUUAAGAAUCAGUUCGUAAUCAAAUCAUUUCAGUUAAAGCUUCACUGUUGCACGGGGUUUUCCUGUUAACUUAGGGCAAUCAAUUUCAUCAAUCCGAAUAUCGUCUACAGAUCUUACACGACUAAGUGCUACAUAAGCUUGUCCAGCAACAAACAGACGCGAGCUUAGAUAAAUGUUCGACUGUACAACCUUGCAUCUUGUGGACGGUCAAAGCCCAAUUCAGGAUUAAUGGCAACAUUCGCAAUGAACAAAGUGAGAAUGCACUACCUUGCAAAAGUAUCUGCCUGCGUUGUGCUGUGCCGAGUGCCCGAACCAACGAAGAGUAAGUCCGCACGCAUGCGCAGAAAACGCGCUAGCUCUUUCUCACUCCCUACAGAAGAUCUAUAAAAGAAUUUAUCAAUCGUGGCGGUCCUAAUAAGGAUAAUGGAAAAUCGUUAUCAAAUAAUUGUAUUGUCAUUGGUCCUUGAUACGUGUGCGAAGUUUCAAGUUAAUCAAACUUCUGGGAAUUGGUGAAAAUUAUGCUCAAAGAUUGUUACAUAUAUACAUACAGACCAAGCUUAGAAAAGCGUGUUAAAAAUCCACUUUGAAACCUGAAAGGUCAUGGUCGAGAUAAAAUUCUAAGUCACCAUUCAAUUGCUGGGGAAAACUCCUAACGGGACAUCGUUUUUUUGUACCAUUAUAGGCCACAAAAAGUGGAACUAUUCAGACCACGUGUACAACCACGGGGAGCUGUUCACCUGGCGGUGAGACUUAAACUACCACACUUUACAAAGUCAUACAAAUCCGUCCCAUUCCACGUUCUUGUGGGGCACCACUAUUGUAAUUCAGUAUGUUACUUGUGGAAACAAAUUGAAGAUGAAGAUUUUAUAACAAUAGUUUUUAAUCAAUAUAUAAAUUAUAAUAACAUAUACA